AUGCCAGCAUCGGCAGUCACUGAGAAGAUAGCUGUACUCACAGAUGACGUGCAGAGGACACAUGUUUACACCACCUUGGAAGCCAAAGGGGAUGACACCCACAUCAGUGAGGAGAAGGGUGUAAAAUGGGCAAGAGCCUAUCAUGUGUUAGCCCACAGAGGGGUCAAGCUUCUGGGAUCUAAUAUCCUACAGUUUCAAUUAGAAAACAUCCUAGCUGAAAACCACAGACUGCUGCCAAAGGUCAAUUAUCAGCUAUUCUAUUACCUUUCAACUAAGCUCGGCAUCGGCCAGAGGGAAGUAAAAAUUCAAGAAGGACCUCUGUACCGGGCUGAAGGUUACCCUGUCAGCAUCAGCUGCAGCGUAAGCGGGCAUCAGGGACCUGCCACCCAGGAUUUCCAGUGGUCUGUUUACCUGCCAGCAGCCCCGACCAAGGAAGUCCAGAUCAUCAGUACCAAGGAUGAGGGCUUCUCUUACACGGUGUAUGCCCGGAGGGUGCAAAGCAAGGAGAUCUACGUUCAGAGGCUGCGGGGUGACUCCGUCCUGCUGCGCUUCUCAAAGCUCCAGAUGAGGGACUCUGGCCAGUAUGAGUGCCACACACCCAACACGGAUGGGCAGUACUUUGGAAGUUACAGUGCGAAGACAAAUCUAACCGUGAUUCCUGACACCCUGUCUGCCACCAUGCCCUCCCAGACGCUCAGUAAGAAGGAAGGUGAGCCCUUAGAACUCACCUGCGAGGCUACCAGGGCCACAGCUCAGCACACCCACCUCUCUCUCACCUGGUUCCUGAAGCAGGAAGGAGGGAGCCAAGCCGUUGAGAUCAUUUCUCUCUCCAAGGACUUUGUAUUGACCCCUGGGCCGUCCUAUGAAGAUAGGUUCGUGGCCGGUGAUGUGCGGCUGGGCAAGCUUGGAGCCACUCUCUUCAAGCUGUCGGUAGGCAGGCUCCAGCCCUCAGAUCAAGGCCAGGUGUUCUGUGAGGCCACGGAAUGGAUUCAGGAUCCAGAUGAAACGUGGACUUUGAUCACAAGAAAGCAGACAGAUCAAACAGCUCUGAGGAUCCAGCCGGCAGCAAGAGAUUUUGAAGUCAGCAUCACAGCCAGAAGCUCACCUGACGAGGGAAAACCAUUGGAAUUGGUCUGCCUGGUUGUUGGCAGAGAAGGCGACCCACAGCUUCAGGGCACUUGGUUCCUCGACGGGAAGGAAAUUGCUCAGAUUGACGCUGGUGGGGUCCUGGACCUGAAGAGAGACUACAGAGGCAGAGCAGACCGAGGACAGCUGCAGGUCUCAAAGUUAAGCGCCCAGACUUUCUCUCUCAAGAUCUUCUCCGUGGGUCCAGAGGACGUGGGCACUUACAGUUGUGAAGUGGCAGAUGUGGCGAGGGCUCGGACCGGCUCCUGGCAGGUACUUCAGAGGAAGCAGUCGCCGGGCAAGCAGGUACAGCUGAAGGAGCCAGCAGCAAGAAGUGUGACCGUGUCUGCUGAGCAGCAUGCCGUGUGGGAAGGAGAGGAGCUUACCUUUCUCUGCAAGGCAGCUGGGGAUGCAAGUCCCUUGUCCGUGAGCUGGUGGCUCACCCCACAGGCCCAGACCACACCCGUGUUUGUGGCUGCCAUGGGGCAAGAUGGUAUCGUGAAGCUGGGAGUCUCUUCUCCAGGCCCCGGGCACCGUAGUAACAGGAGGUUGGAGAAAGUGGAUUGGGCCACCUUUCGGCUGGAGAUUGCCUCUGCCGAGGUCACAGACAGUGGGACCUAUGAAUGCAGAGUGUCGGAGAGACCCCAGAACCAGGCCAAAGAUUGGCAGUGGACCCAGAAGAUUUCGGCCACUGUAAAAUCUCUGAAAUCAAGUUUACAAGUUAAUCUGAUGAGCCGUCAGCCGCAAGUGACCUUAGCCCACACCUUCGACCUGUUCUGCAUAGUAAGGGCCAACCACUCAGACCUCCAGGUGCCCUUCUCAGUGACAUGGCGGUUCCAGCCAGCCGGCUCCGGAGCCUUUCAUCAGCUGACUCGAAUCACCCACAACGGCACAGUCGAAUGGGGGGACGUCCUCUCCCAGUUCCACGGGAGGACAAAAGUUUCACAGUCUUCCUUUCGCUCUCAACUCCAAAUCCACGAUGCUGCUCUGGAGGACGCAGGGGUGUAUCAGUGUAAGGUGGAAGGCUACGACAGAAACUCCCUGCACACAAGUGGGCCGGCCAGAGCAUCUGCCACCUCCAACCUAUUAAGGAUUACUGUCACCUUUCCAGAGAGCAAACUGAGAGUGAACUCAAGCAAUCAGGUCCAAGAGCUCUCCAUCAGCGCCAGCACUCACAUAGAAUGUGCCAUCUUGUCCCGAUCUACUGGAAACCUUUUUCUAUCCAUCAUUUGGUAUUUCUCUCCCACCUCUGCAAAUGCAUCCUAUCUGAAGAUCCUAGAAAUGGACCAAACCCAUGUCGUAAAAUAUGGGGAUGAAUUUCAAACCCCUCGGAACAAGCAAAAAUUUCAUUCUGAGAAAGUUUCCCAAGACUUAUUUCUGCUGAGCAUUCUGAGCAUGGAAGACAGUGACCAGGGCUUCUACCACUGUGCAGUGGAGGAAUGGCUCUUGUCUACAGAUGGCACUUGGCAAAGGCUUGAAAGAAAGACUUCAGGAUCCACAGAAUUGAGACUCAGGCCUAUAGGAAGUCAGGUUCGAGUCUCCAAAGUGAGCUGGAUGGGAAACGCCAGCGAGCACGGAGAGGUGGACAUCGGCUGCAGCCUGGACGGCUCAGGCGGCACUGCCUCGCUGUACUCCGUGACGUGGUACCGGAGCAGAGGGAACGCGGCGGGUCAGAUGCUGGUGCACCUUCAGUACGACGGCCUGCUGGAGUACGGCCCGGAGGGCCGCGGGAGGCUCCUGCACUGCUUCCGCUCCUCUCCCACGGACUUCAUCCUGAAGCUGCAUCGGGUGGAGGUGGACGAUGCCGGCGUGUAUUGGUGCAGGGUGACGGAGUGGCAGCCACAUGGCCACCCUGGCAGGUGGAUCAACCAAGCCUCGGAUGAGUCGCCGCGGAUGGUGCUCAGGGUGCUGUCCUCAGAACCCACCUUCUCCUCCAGGAUCUGCUCCUCUGAACCCUUACUCUACUUCCUCAUCGUCUGCCCCGUCAUCCUGCUGUUGCUUCUGCUCCUUUCCCUCCUCUGUUUGUACCGGAAGGCCAGGAAGUUGUCUCGGCUGAGUCUCAGUGCAAAGAAAGAAGAAGCUCUCUGGGUGGGCAUGAAAGGGACCACUGGAGAAUGGAGCACACUUCGGAAGGAAGCCGGGGAGGAAGGUGAAGGCUGCUGA